ACGAUUAGCAAGUGAGAUCAUGUUUCAGUCACGGCUCAAUAAAUAAGGGUAAAAGGUUUAAGUUGCACAAACUAGGCCCCGCCCACCUACCUAUCCUUGUGACUUAUCCCCGCCCAUAUUACUUAUAAUUGUCGUUUCCCCGGCUGUUAAUUAUUGUUCUCGUUACAAGGACCUGCCCAGUACAGAAUAUAAAUAUAUUUGGGUUUCAGAAGGUUUAAUCCUUUAUUCCUUCGAAUCAUAGGGAAUUGUUUUUUUUUUCUGGUCCUGAUGACUUUAGGGAACAUUUCUUUAUAUUCCAGACACUCAGAAUCGCUGUCCCAAGAAUUUGGUUUUUUUUGAAGAUGAGAAUAUGGCAUUUAUCUCAGUUUUUCUUUGUGUUAAUGGUCGUACUCUGCCUGACUGUCGUGCUAAAGAAGAAGGGGACGGAGUGUGACUGCAGGGAUUCUGUCCAGAAAAGAGAAGAAUUUGAGGAACAGUUACUACAAAGGAGCAACGUAUCGAACUCAUGUUCCCCCCAAAACUUUUCUGUGAGGCAAGACGUGCUGGGUGUUCUGCACAUCCCGUACGAUUAUCUUCUGGGAACUCCCGGCACUGGAAAACGGUUCUUGACCAUCGGGAUUUCGUCUGUGAAGAGGAAAAAGCAGAACUACUUGCUGGAAACCAUUGAUUCUGUUUUCAAUCACCUGAGCCCCGGGGAGCUGGAAGAGGUCCGCCUUGUGGUCUAUUUGGCCAACCAGGACCAGUCCCUAAACUUAAACACCGCCCAAGAGAUUAAUGAGAAGUUUGCUUCUACCAUCCCAAGUGCCGGGCGCCUUCCGAUAUAGUAACAUAAGCCACCUCUUCCCAAAACUUUUCCGCCACAUGGACCGGUCUGAAAACGGCCGAAUUACCAAUGACCCACACUGUACGGGGUCAAAUUUAGGUCCAAGCAGAAUGUGGAUUAUGCUUUUCUGGUAAAUUUCUGCGCUAAUUUAUCCAAGUACUACCUCAUGCUAGAAGAUGACGUCUCAUGCGCUCACAAUUUCCUCACCAGGAUUAAAAUGGGCAUAGAGUCUCAGAGGACCUCUUGGACCACCAUCACCUUCUCAAGCCUGGGAUACAUUGGGAAGCUCUAUCAUAACCUAGACCUUCCCAAACUCGCCCGAUUCUUGCUGCUGUUUUAUGACGAAAUGCCUUGUGAUUGGUUGUUGGACCAUUUCUACAGGUCGAAAGCCCAACUGGAGAUGAUUCGGAUCAAACCUUCGCUCUUCCAGCACAUGGGCACAUACUCUUCAUUCCAAAAUAACCAUAACAAGUUGAAGGACAAAGAGUUUGUGGAAGUGGUGGAAAAGUUUGGAGACAGCCCACCGGCCUCUUGUUUUACCAACAUAGAAGCUUAUUUAGAUCACGUGGCAGAUAAUGUUUGCUUUUUAGGUCCGAAUUUCUUCUGGGGUAAGAAUUUGACCCCUUCCAGUCACUUCACCAUGGUCUUCCAGGAGCCUAUUAACAUAGAGAAUGUCACAAUUGUCACUGGGUCGGCAGAUCACCCGGGCGAUGUGCUGAGAUCAGGGUACGUACAACUGGGGCGACGGAAGGUUACGGACAAUGGUCACCAGACCUGCAAAGACUUCACAAACAUUGGGGAGUUUCAUGGUGGGGUUUUUAGCAGCAAUAAUAUAAACAACCCAAUGGGGGAGAACAUUGACUGCUUGAAGGUGCAAGUCUCUGCCACUCAAGAACACUGGCUUUUAAUACAGAAAAUUGGAAUUUGGAUGAGAAAGUAAAAAAAAGUUUCAGAAAA